AUGUGUCAGCACUGCAAGGAUCGACGCUCGUGCAUGCACAGCCUUGAGCAAGAACUUGCAUCAGAAAGACCCAGCAGGCAGGACGCCAUCGCUAAGAUCGAGGAGGUCCGCAAGCACGUUAACAACGUGGGAAAGCAGUUUGCCGGGAGACUGGACCUGGUCAAGUGUCAUUACAUCUUCGGUAUGCAAGAGAUAGAUACCUCUGCUGUCGAUGAAGUGAAGCAGCUUCUGUCUGGGGGGGAGCUCGGGAGCUGCUACAACAGCAAGGAGGGUGAGCUUGACAUGUCUAUCAAGACGGACAGCAUGACACGAUAUGUGAUACGAGAUCUGAGAAUGAAGAGCCUGCCUCCCUGGAUUGCCGAUCUCGGCAUCCCUCUUCGAAUUAUCAACGUGUCCGGCAACCCCAGCCUCUCUCGCGUUCCCUUGGAUGAGCUGUGCAGCAUGGAAGCUAGCCUGAAGGAGGUCAAAUGUGAGAACUGUAUCCGCCUACAGGUGCCUCCCCCCGAGAUCGCCAGGCAGGGAGGGGCAGCUGCCCUCAGGUACCUGCAGAGUGUCAAGAGAGACGGCGAGGCGAACAAGCGGAUCAACCUCGUCCUCAUCGGCAACGGAGAAGCAGGCAAGACGAGCGUCCUAAGAGCUCUGAGAUCAGAGGAGGACAGGGCGGACAAGAUCGAGGUAGACAGGAGGACGAUCGGGAUAGACCUGCACGAGUGGAGGCCCGAGGACGCUGACGGGCUGACGUUCGACGUGAUGGACUUCGGGGGCCAGCAGAUCUAUGCCAAGACGAACCAGUACUUCAUCGUGAGGCGGGCCUUGCACCUACUGGUGUGGAACAUAAGGGCGAAGCGAGACGAGCAGAGAAGUGCAGACGACAGCGAGGAGAGCAUGGAAAAGCUGAAGAAGAUGAUCUCUACAUGGCUGCGAGCUACUCAAGCGCGAGUGCCGGGAGCGAGCAUAUUGUUGGUAGUAACGCAUAUCGAUCUUGCGGAGGCAGGAGAGGUGGAGCAGCAGUGUGAAGAGGUGAAGGCAUGCGUGGAAGAGGAGCUGAGGAAAUUGGCAGAGGAUGGAGAUGAGAAUAUCCUGCCAUUACAUGUGAUCAACGGAGGCAAAAGCGUCAGGGUGAAUUGCCUUGAGGGAGAGGGGAUCAAGGAGCUGCGGCAAUUGGUGUGUGAGAACGCGAAAGAGCUGCUGUGGUGGGAGGAAAGAAUUCCUCGAUCUUAUCUGAGACUGAGAGAAGCUGUGGAGAAUCGAAAGUUGGAAUCUGUUUCGUACCUCAAGGUAGAGGAGUACAAGAACAUGUUGGAAGAGUCAGGAGUCGUCGAGAAUGAGCACAAGGUGGCGACAACCUUCCUGCACGACAUGGGCGUGCUCAAGUACUUUGGUCAUGAGCUGAGUCUCGAUCAUCGCAAGGCAGACCAUGACAAGUACUCCGUCGAGGACACGGUCUUCAUCGAUCCCGUGUGGAUGAUCGACGUGUUCAAGGGCGUGAUGCGACAUGACUGGCAGCACCUCCUUGACUUCUUCCAGCAGGACCCGACCAAGUCCAAGAAGACAAAGAAGCUGCUGCACCUGGGUAUCAUCGACGAAGUCAUAUUCGAGUACUUGUGGCCCCAGCAAGACAGCGACUUCUGGCGCGAGGAGAAGGCUGACAAGAUAUCAAGAUCGGCAGAGGUAGGGUUCAUCAAGAGCCAUGUGGACGUCAAGGAGGCGGUAGCUCUGCUUCGGGGCUGCGACCUGGCGCACUUCCUGGGCGAGGGGAUGAACGACUUGAAGGAUACAGACAAGAAGAGCAGAGAGCUGCUGUGUCCCGGCAUCAUCCCGUCGUUCAUACAUGAGCACAAGCGAGCAGUGACGGACAAGCAGUCUCUCUGCGCAUCUGUCGAGUGCGAGUACAACAUCUUCCCUGCCGGCUUCAUCGACAGGCUGGUCGUGCUGUGCGCUGCUCGACACUUUGAGGUAGACUGCAGCGGUACGAUGGCGGUGAUGAAGGGCUGGGGCCGGACGCUGCUGGUGAGCUGGCGGGAAGACAAGGACCAGCACGUGCUGAUAGCAGAUGCGUCGACUAAGCAGCAAAUCAAGAACUUGCAAGAGGACUUGAAGCGACUAGAGGCUUUCUUCCCGGGGAUGAAGCGGAGGAGAUACGCAGACAAGAGCUCAGGCCAGGAGGCCGUACAGGUUGGGAUCUUCACGCAUGGCGAGAGCUCAAGAGAAUGUGCGAGGGAUAUUGCAGGAAAGGUGAAGAACAUUUACAACGCGGAGAACCUCCCUCUAGAUCUUACUUGUAGGAUUCAUCAAUGUGACAACAAGCAUGGGGAUGAUGCUGAUGAAUGUCUUGUGAACAUUUUAUGUAUAUCGACAGAGUGUCUUGAUGAGCAGGGAGCUAUUCGAGCAGAAAGCAACUUCUGCAAGCUAUGGAACAGAUUGACAGCGAGCAAAGCGGUUAUCAUCCCCGUCGUACUGACAGAUUACUACGACGAGCAAAUCAAGUCGAAGAACAGGUUCAACGAGUGGUGGCCGCAGGAGAUACAAGGGAUGGAGCGAUACAGGAUCUUCCACGCAUACCAGGAGAACGAUGAAGUAUCGAUGCGAACGUUGUACGAAGGCAUCAUCAGGAAACUUCAUCAGGGACGAGGAAGCUUCGAAGACUUGUACGACGUCACCAGUCAGAACGAGCUUCUGUGCAAAGAUUGCUUACAUGAGUCUCAACCUGCCUCCAAAGGCGAUCGAACUGUUGGCACGUUUGAUCUGUCGAAGAUCAAGACGAUGCUAGAAGAAGAAAGCAAGGGUAUUGCAGACACACCGCAAGGGCUCGAGCAGGAAGAUAUCCUCAAAUACAAGGUCAUGAUGAACACGAUCAGCUGCACAAAUGGUCAUGAAACAUCCGUCAAAGAGGUGCUGGCAUUCAAUGACUCUAGCUCCCCUUGUCCCCUCUGCUUGAAGGAGAAGAGACUCCCGCACUUCUUCAGCCGACCCAAGUGCUUGAGCAUGCUCGCUCGCGACCUGACGGCCAAGAUUCGCUGCGACGGAUGUCAGAGGGAGGUGGAGGUGCUGGACGUCACGCCGCCACAGGUGUUCUUGAGCUACCAGUGGGGGCACGAAAACUCGACGCAGAAGAUGGUGAGGGAGGUGAAGCGGUGGAUCGAAGAGCAGACAAGCUUGCAGUGCUGGUUCGACGUGGAGGGAGGGAUCAACCCCGGGGAAGAUCACAUGCAGAAGAUGGAGCUGGGAGUCUCGCGCUGCGAGGUGUUUGUGGUCUUCAUGAGCGACAAGUAUGUCAAGAGCGCCAACUGCAGGAGAGAGUUUGCUCGGGCGUGUGAGGCAGGGAAGUACAUCAUCCCUGUCUUGGUGCCGGUGCUGUUUGAACCAGGUCAAGACUCAGAUCGUUUAGAGUCCGAGUCAGGCUGGAAGGGCGACCACAGGCAUGCAGACGACUGGUGGAAGAGAGUUGCAGUCAUCGAGGGGAGCGGAGGAGCUGUUCAAGAGGUCAAGGUCGAUUGGAGGCGUCUGGCGGACUUCCCAAAGACCUUUGAGAUUGGAGCAGAGUGGCUAGAGCAGCAGCAGCAACAAGACAAGGCCGAAGGCGGUUUGAACAUUUCAAGGCUUGAGAAGCUGGUGGCAGCAGUGCAGGCAAGGGUCUACCGGGGAGGGGUCGUGUUUCACGAGGUUGCUUGUUUGGUUGUGGCUGACUUGGGCUUGACAUGCGAUGAGCAGCAGGAGAACUCAUUGCUGAGGUCGUUACAUCGCCAGAAGCAUCUGUUCGACUGCAUUCUCCGUCGUAUCAACUUGAUGCAGUCCAGAUUCCAGACGAAAUGA